AUGGCCGCCGAGGUGAAGUCUCUCACCGCAGGCGCUGCUGAAAGUGGCGCUGCUGCCAGAGGACCAGAUCUGCCUCAAGCCGUUCCAACCUCGGCCAAGACAUACCUCGUCACUCUCCCACGAGAGCUCAUCCUCGAAAUCAUCAAGCUCUGCGUACCUACACGACCGCUCAGAAACACUAUCACAGUGAACAGAACCAUCACCAUUUCACAGCUUUCUCUUGUGGACAAGAGCCUUCGCGAGAUGUGCGUCCCGAUACUCUUCAGGACCCUGAAGCUGAGAACCAACCAUGUCGAACUUCUUGGCCAUAUUCAAGUUCUCGAGAACAGCCGCAUCCUUGAAAUCGUUCAACAUCUCAGCAUAGUUUCAAGAGCCUCAGGAAAUGCUACUCCUUCGUGGGAACCGAGCCUGCCUCCUCGUCUAGCAACAUUUCUAGGCCGCAUGCCGAAUCUCAAAGACCUGAACCUGACCCUGCGAUAUGGAACGGAAUCGUUGGCAACCGCCGUCCACGACGAACUCCUGAAGCAGCGCAUCAUCAUUCCGACCGUCAAGAAUUUCAAAUACAACAUGCCGGACUCUAUGUGGGAUCCAUCGUUGUCGGUCAGCUUCAUUCCGGCAGUUUUCACGGGACUUUGUGCCCUUCAUCUUGAUCUUGGAAUGAUUGCUACUCCGGAGGAAGUACCUGGCCUGUCUACUACCGCACCCAGCCUGAAGCUACACACCCUUAGCCUCCACAGUGAAACGUGGUUCUCCAAGACUUUCGAUCAGAUUCACGAGCUGUUUCCAAACAUUACAAAGUUGAUCAUCGGAGGAGAAGUUGGCGAUGUCAUGAUUUCGGAGUCGAUCCCGACGAUCAAGAAGUUUCAAAAUCUCAGGGUUUUAGCCCUGACUGACCGCAUUUCUAUUGACGAGGAUGAUCUGAGAGAGUCCCUGCGGGAAGUUCGAGAAGCCUGCCCAUGUCCAAAUUGUUACCUGACCGACGACAUGGAUCUUGUUUGCGCGGAGGACGAGGAGAACGAGGGUGUUUGUGGUUGCGUGGAAUGCUCCUUCACUGGGGGGCAUUAUGGUGAAGCCCUUGAUUUGGCCCGAGUAGAUCACCCUUUGGCAGAGGACCAGAAAGAGAACAUGAGGGGCAUCUUUCGAGAAUGCCCGAAUCUCGGAGUUUUGUACUUCCAGAUCACAUGGGCUCAGGGCACUCGGUACAGGCCUCUCCAGAACACCGAUCACCCGGUACGCCUGCGCAACAACUCUCUUCCCGCGCCUGAGCCGUCUACGACCCCGAUGGACAUCGACCAAGAAUCGCCCGGCAUAAGCGUUGGCAGCGCUUGUGUCCGAGAACUAGACCGAUCUCUUGCCGUUCCUGCCUUCCACUCGAAGACCUACCUUGUCACUCUCCCGAGAGAGCUUGUCCUCGAGAUCAUCAAACAUUGCAUGGGAACCAGGGAGCAAAUCUCUAGAAAGAAAACCGAUGUUGUCCGGCUUUCUCUCGUUACCAAGUUCCUUCGCGAGAUGUGCAUACCAUUCAUCUUCACGACCAUGCGAAUUCAUACCCCGUACCACGAGUUCCUGUCCAAAAUUCAGUCUAUCGAGGGCAACAGACUUCUGUAUAUUGUUCAGCACCUGGAAAUCAACCUCUUCAGCGAAACCAACCGUGAUUGGAAGCCGGAAACGUAUAUCAGUCUUGCGAGACUUCUAAGUCACAUGCCCCGUCUCAGCGACUUGUGCCUCAACCUACUCCAUGAUCAUGUGUUUGGCGACCGCUUAGGAAUUGAGCUUCUCAAGCAACAAGUCGUGCUGCCGGUCGUCAAGAAAUUACAAUACGGAUUCGAUCUGGUCCGGAGAACGCCAGGCGUCAUCUUCAUGCAAAAGGCCUUUCCUGAAUUGGACGCCCUCCACCUGAACGUCGGACGCCAAUCACACGAUGUUUCUCUGGAUGACUUGCUUUGGUUGUCAUCGCUCAAUCUGAAGACCAUCAGCCUCCGAAAGACACGCUGGGAAUUCGAACAUGUUUCUGAAAUUCAUGACUUCUUCCCGGACGUCACCAAGCUGAUACUCAGUGGGAAUAUUGACCACGAGCUUAUGAUCUCAGAAUUGGUCCCAAUAUUCGAGCCAUUUCGACAACUCAAGGUUCUGGCACUCACGGACCUAGUCCACCCAGACGACUUGAAUGUGGAGGAUAUUCAAGAUGAUCUGUCAGCCAACUGCGAGCACUGUAACGCAGGGGAGGAGGCCGACAUUGACGGGGUUGAGAUAUACGAGGCAUGCGGCAGCGAUCAUUAUUGGGAGGCUUAUGAGCUGGCCCAGGAAAAUCACGACGCAAAAGAGCACCAGGGUGAGAAUGCCAAGGCGCUCUUCCGGAUGUGCCCGAGUCUCGAGAGUGUUUACUUCCUGGCCGUAAAUCGCAGUCAAGCACACCGCUUCACGACUGUGAAGGACGACUCUGGUGUUUUCGAAGAGGUUCGAGAGGAGAAAGGGGUGCCUUGGCCUGCGAUCUCCGAGUACGUUUGUGUAUUUCAACAGGAUUGA